CCACGUGAGUCUGACGUCAUUUCUUAACUCAGCAGUCCGCAUGCGCGCUGAGAGACCGCUGUCUGUGGUUCUGAAACGAGUCUACAUGCUGAUGGAUGAAGAACGUGUUUCAACUGUGGUCCAGCCAGUGAGUAACAGCAUUUCAGAACAGCGUUCAGUGCUGCUGGUGUGUGAAGAUCAUGGCGAUAAGCUACUCAACGUUCUGCGCAUAUUCCGUGACAAAGGCAUGCUUUUUGACUUCCAAAUUCAAGUUCAGGGUGAGAUCCUGCCAUGUCAUCGCUGUGUCCUUGCUGCUUGCAGUGACUUCUUCAUGGCUAUGUUUGAGGUAAACAUGAUGGAGCGUGAUGGUGGCUCAGUCACACUGAGUCAUCUCUCCCCACAGGCUGUACGCAGCUUUCUUGACUUUGCAUACUUGGGCCAGAUGGAGAUCAUGGAAGAAAACGUCGACAUGCUUUUUCAUCUGGCAUCUUUUUUACAGGUGAGUGCGCUCUCGCAGGCCUGUAGUGAUUUUUUAAUCCAGACACUUGACCUCUCUAACUGCCUUCACUUGUUGGCCAUCGCGGAGGGAUAUGGCUCAUCCCGCCUACAGUGUUAUGCUACUGAGUUUGUGAUGGCCAAUUUCCAAGCACUUUCCUCCAGUCCAGACUUCCUGGAGAUGCCUGCAGGAAUCCUGCGGCACUGCCUAGCCUCGGAUUUACUCAGUGUGCCAGACGAAGAAAGUGCACUGCAAUCACUGAUCCUGUGGACUCAGCAUGACCUGCAAAAUCGACACAAUUUAUUUCCUGAGCUCCUCACUCACAUCAGACUGCACCACCUUCCCCCUGCUAAGCUGGAGGAAAUGGGCCAUUCUGAAGGACUUAUACUGGACAAUGAUGACUGUUCCAGAGCAGUGAUGAAAGCAUUGGCACAAGUGGCAGAGUUUAGUGGCCUUUUUCCAGAUGCCCGUCCAUCCACAAUAUCCAGCUACAUCUAUGUGCACAAAACAGAGGAAAAUGGUGAGACACGCCACACAUUCUGUUACAGUGUGGCAGCCAACCAGUGGCACCAGCUGCCAAACUCUGGGCUUGCUGACCUCCCUGGCUCAUCUAUUACCACUUUUGGAGAGAAGCUGUUUGUCAUUGGAGGAUGCCAAGGAAAAUGUUGCAGGGCAGUGAGACUUCAUAUUGCUGAGCCUGAGCAUGACGCUACGAGGGAAGCAUGGUGCUACUGUCCUGUGACUGGAAAAUGUGUAGACAUCCAGCCGAUGCAAUGCCCACGAACCAUGCAUGUCUCUGUCUCAGCCCUGAACCACAUUUAUGUAAUUGGUGGUAAAAGUCUGGGAAUGCAUGGCCUGCUUGAUGUGGAGUGUUAUGACCCACUGGGGCACACAUGGAAGUCUGUGAGUCCAUUACCACGCCAGAUCUACUUCCCAGAGACAGCAGUGUGUGGCACCAUUAUCUACACUCUAGGCUCUGAGCUGGAGAAUUCUGAUGCCUUCAACCCAACACUGAACUGUUUUUUCCGCUAUGAUGCUGAAGCUAAUGAAUGGUGCCAGCUGGUACCCGAGUUUGGCCAGCUCUUUCAUGCCACACUUGUUAAAGCUGUGUCUAUUAAAACAACACUCUACCUGUGUGAUCUGUCCACAUAUAAGGUGUACAGCUUCUGUCCAGACAACUGUGUCUGGAAGAGCAAGGGCUCUUUUGAGUGUGCAGGCUUUAAUGCAGGCGCCAUUGGUGUGCAGGAAAAAAUCUACAUCCUGGGAGGGGAUUAUUCUCCCGAUGAGAUCACAGAUGAAGUGCAGGUUUAUGACAUCAGGCAGAGUGAAUGGCAGGAGGUGGCACCAAUGCCAUGUGCAUUAACUGAAUUUCACUGCCAAGUGAUCAGUUUUAACCACUACCGAGAUCCAUGGAGAGUCAAACCUGCUGAGAUGCAAUAAACACACAAGAAUACAAUAAGUGAUACACUUGUUAAAAUUUAGACACACACUCACAUCUAUGCUUACAGGCACUAACACAUAUUUCCACAGAUACCUAUUUGAAGUCUUGCACUUAAUAAAAUAAUAAUGUAACAGUGUUGUAGUCUUUAGUAGAAGUGAUACCCAGCUAAUCAAAUCUUUACACAUGCUUGCUUAAUGACUGUAGUAAUUGUCGCACAUAUCUUUUUUUGUGAGGCAACAGAUAACUCUUUAAAUGCAUGAUAUUUAGGCUCAUGUUUGUGACUCAAAUUAAAAAAAUGAUCCAAAAGACAUUUGCAAUUCUCAUUGGUGAAAACAUUUCUAUGUUUUUUAUCCACAGCUGUAGCAUUUACAUUUACAUUUAUAGCAUUUGGCAUAUGCCCUUAUCCACAGUGACACAGGCAUUAAUGGUAGAAUUGAGGCAAGAAACCGUUACUUUGGAAGACAAAGUCUUGACAAAAGAGAUUUGCUUGGGCCAAGAAACAUAAGGAAUGGACAUUAGAUCAGUGGAAAACUGUCCUUUGAUCUUUGGGUUUUAACCACCGUGUCUUUGUUAGACAUAGAGAGGGUGAACAGACGGUUCCUUAAUGUAUGGUUCCCACUGCGAAGCAUGGAGGAGGAGGUGUUAUAGUGUGAUGGUACUUUGAUGGUGACACUGUUGCUGACUGUCAAAAAUGAGUUUAGGCUUAACCAGCAAUUUGCAGCAACAUGCCAUUCCAUCUGAUUUGUACUUAGAUGGGCCAUUGUUUGUUUUCCAACAGGACAAUGACCCCAAACACACCUCUAGGUUAUGUAUGCUAUUUGUCCAAGAAGGAGAGGGAUGGAGUACUGCAUCAGAUGACCUGGCCUCCACACUCAUCCAAUUUUGGGAUGAGUUGGACUGCAAGACUCUUAAACCUCCCAGCUUUGUAUCACAACUCGUCCUGCACUCUGACCUCAGAUUUAGUGCCACCGUUCAAGACACUCAAGGGCACUGUACAAUAGUCGGUCUAAAGUCAUAGUUAUCAAUAGUUAUAAAAGUUUCUGCUUAAUGUUAAUUUAAUCUAAAUUAUAUGGAUAAGAGUAAGCAGUCAGAGCUUUGAAACCAGCUGUAGUAUCAUGGAUUCUGGGCAAAACAUUUAUUAGCUUUAAUAUUUUUCAGCUCUAUCUCUGUGAGAGAGUGGAAUAAAAAUAAUGUUCACCUGACCUAGUGCGAAGUGAGUCUUUGAGCCCUUAUGACCUAACUGCCCAGGACAAUCCCCCACCCCCUUAUCAUUACAAUGACCCUUAACUGUCAACAGAGGACAAGUUGUGGUUAUUCACCUCCUGCUACUGUUUGUAUUUGUUUCUGAUUCAUGAAAUAAAAGAAAAAAUCUUG